UUCCGGUCCCCUGUGUGGUCCGUCGGGAGGAGGAAGAGGCUCAGGCCCCUGGGGAGAGGAGCAUGAGCUGAGCCCGCGGUGGUGCCACCCCCACCCCCCCGAUUUCUGUUUCCCGCUGGGCCCCCAAGUCUCACAGCCGUCCCUGGUGUGGUGCAGAACAUGCUGCUGGUGGGGGGUCCGAGGCACAGCUGGGGGUCCCAGGCCAGGCGCCUAAGGGAUGGGGCCUGGGUUCAAAUCGCACCUCAUGCUCAGAGGCUGUAAAUUGUGGGUACGAUGCGGCCGCCAGGCCCCGCCAGGCCCCAGAGCGUUCGUGCUGUUGUGCCCAGACAACCAGAAAGAACCCACAGAACCAAGUGUCCCGUGAGCAGGAGGGCCCCCCCGCCUGGCGUGGGUGGGCUGCUCCUGUUCCCAGGCCCCCCGACAUCCCCACCACCGCGUCCACCCACGUCCACACGCCAGGAAGGCGGCGGCUGCCUGCUGCUGUCCAGCGUGGGUGUGGUGCCGCCAGGCCGGAUGGCACUUGUGCAGAGACACCGGGAGUCUCUGAGCAGCUGGCAGCCACGUUUGCCUAAUGUUGGUCCCCGGGGAUUGCACACGCUUGCACGCUCGCACUCUCUCUCCAAAUAAAAGCCCAGGUGCUGCGGGAGCAGAGCUGCCCACGAGCCCAGACCCUGCCAUGGAGGCCCGGCUGCUGCGCGCCGUCCUGGGCAUCUUCCUGGUGUUCCGGGCACAGGUGGAGGCGGCCAUGGUGGACCUAGACCUGCAGAAGCUUGUUGGGUUCUGGCGGGAAGUCGGUCUGGCCUCGGACCAAAACCUGGCACUGAAGGCCCCGAAGAGAGUGGAGGGCUUGUUCCUCACCGCGAGCGGGAGUGACCUGACCGUGAAGGCCGCGUAUAACAACUCAGGAAGCUGUGAGACAGAAAAAAUAGUGGGCUCAGAAAUAGACAUUUCAGGGAAAUUUGCUUUUCCUGAAGGUCUCCCCGCCAACCCCGCGCUGGCUCCCGAAGGCCACAGGGAGAUCCACGUGCUGGACACGGACUACUCGGGCUACGCGAUCCUGAGGGUGUCCCUCCGCUGGCAGGGCAGGGACUUCCACGUGUUCAAGUACUUCACUCGGAGCCUGGAGGACGAUGACCCGCUGGGAUUCUGGAGGUUCCGAGAGUUGACAGCGGACACUGGGCUCUACCUGGCAGCCCGGCACGGGGAGUGCGCCAAGCUCCUGAAGGAGGGCCUCCAGGGGCUGAGCGGGCCCUGAGCCUGCCCUCUCGGUCACAGGAGCUGAUUUAGCGGAGCUUUUGCCACGGGCCGGUGCCUGAGCCCCACAGCCUGGCCUCUCCCGGGCCCCGCCUGAGGGGUUCCUGCACCUGCUCCGAAUAAACUGUGCCGCCAAAGCCAA